AUUUACAAUCAACUUACACUAUUUGACUGUUUCGAGCUAACAAACCUUGCUUCGUAUAUCAUGUCUUCAACUUACAGCAAAUGGUGGAGCUUCAAGUUUCUGGUUUGGUUGCAAGUAGUGUGCGCUUUUCUUCUUUUCGGAAAUGCAGCUUGUGGGCAAAUCGUCCGGACCCUGCCGGGCUUUCCUGGAACUCUUCCUUUCAGCCUUGAAACUGGAUACAUUAGUGUGGGGAGCUCGGAGCUUUUCUACUUGUUUGUGGAGUCUCAGGGAAAUCCUGAAGUGGAUCCUGUUCUUUAUUAUAUAGUUGGAGGCCCCGGCUGUGCUGCUUUGAACGGCUUCUUUUUCCAAACUGGUCCUCUGCAAUUUGAUGGAACCGCCUUCACAGGAGGUUUGCCAAAGUUGCAAUUAUACCCACACACAUGGACCAAGAGUGCGAGUAUAAUAUUUGUAGAUGCACCAAUUGGAUCUGGUUACUCCUAUUCAACAAACCCAGAAGAUUACGGGAUAUCGGACUUACAGUCAGCCAAUCAAUCUCAUGUAUUUAUAAGAAAGUGGCUAAAUCAGCAUCCCCAGUACAUCAAAAACCGAUUUUUUAUUGCUACCGAUUCAUAUUCCGGUGUACUUGCUCCCAUCAUCGCAAACAAUAUCCUAGAUGGCAAUAAUGCAGGACUUGAGCCAACAAUAAAUCUAAUUGGGGUUAUCAGUGGAUCACCGCGCAUGAACGGCAAAGAAGAACAAAGUUAUCAGAUAAUAUUAGCUCAUAAACUUGGACUCAUAUCUAAGAGUAUUUUCAACUAUGCCAAAGAGUAUUGCAAUGGCACCUACUUCUAUACAGACACCAGUUCAGUGAGUGCAGAAUGCCUUGAGUAUCUCCAAGUCAUCGACGAGUUGAUUGAACAAAUAAAUUUGGAAAUGGUGUUGGCUCCCAAGUGUAGCACAAUAUCGCCGAAAUUAGAAGAUGGAAACAGAAGGAGAUCUUUGAGACAGACUGACUAUUGGUGCAAGAAUUUCGAUUAUCUACUCUCCACCGUAUGGGCUAACGAUGAAGGUGUUCAAAGUGCUCUUCAUGUUCGAGAGGGAACAAUAAAAGAGUGGAGGAGAUGCAAUCUUACAUUUGCUGAUGGAACAUAUGAUUAUGAUGUGGAUAGUUCUUUCGACUACCACAAAAACCUUACCAAAGCAGGCCUCCAACUAUUGCUUUACAGUGGUGAUCAUGAUCUGGUCGUUCCACAUAUUUACACAGAAUAUUGGAUUGGCCUACUUGACAUAACUUUGGAUGAAGACUGGCGACCAUGGUUUGUUGGUGGUCAAGUUGCCGGGUACACAAUGAAGUAUUCAAACUAUGGAUACCGACUGACUUAUGCAACUCUAAAGGGAUCUGGGCACUCUCCGACUGAGUGGAAAGGAAGGGAUACUUAUGAAAUGUUUGAAAGGUGGAUACAUUUUUACCCACUUUAGGGGAUUGUCACAAUUUCAAUCGGGUUUUUAGGUGCACUUGAAUAAAUUUGAAAUUCGCAACUUUGCAACAUGUUGUGUUAUUUGAAUGUGAAGGAAAGUUUGUGAACAUUAAAUUCUAAUAACAUUUGAAUUGAAUCCAUUAAAUACA